GCCUGAUUCUCUCACCGAUCGAAAAUUAGAUACUCCGAUAAUUCCGGUACCUUGUCACGCCGCCAGUUCUUGAGUUGAUUUGAGAACCGGCAGGAUUUACAUAAUAUAUAAAUUGCAUACUCUGAUCAAUUGGCAUACAUAAUUGGCUCUCAUAUCAACUCAUUCUACAUAUCUUACACCUGCCAGCUUUACUAAACCAUAACUCAAAGACUUCAGCAUCCGCAUCAUGCGCAUUAUCAACCCUUCUCUCUGCCUCCUCUCUGCCGCCAUGCUUGGCUCUGUCGGAGCCGACCGCGACUGCUGCUACGUCUGGCAAGGCGACGAGGGUAUCGUACAGCAACUCCACGUCUCCUGGACCGCAAGCUCUCAAACCGCCACCUGCAAGAUAGCAGGUUGGGGAACAGACACCAAAUGUUCGGUCGAGACCUCUGUCGUCGGCAAUGCGUGGCUCAAAGCAAAUGCGACAGUCUCCUUCAAGGAGCCCAAUGUGUUUCACUUUUCGUUUGGAAUGAACAAUAACGACUGCGACUUUCUGGACGAUGAUAAAGUUGCUCGCUUUUGGGACUCUUAUCUCUUUGCGAGCUUUACGUAUUUGACUCAGAAGGAUGUUUGCCCGGAUGGUGGAGUUUUUUAG